GUUGACUUUUUGUAUGACGUGUAAAUUAGUCAGUGUAUGUGUAUUGCAAAAAGCAAACUAGAAAAAUAAAGAAACCAAUCCAAUAGGAAACAAUUUCGUGGAAUUGGAAUUCAUAACAUUAAAGAAUUGGCAAUUGUGUACCUAUUUUUGUGACAUAUACCUAUUUGUUUGUUGUGUAAUUAAUACAAUACAAUAAAUUGUAAAAGUGGUAAUUAAUCCGGUGGAUAAGUAGGUUUCCUUAUUUUAUAGAAAAAUGUGCGGCACCGACAAAAAACUAGGUGAAAUGAGGGCUUUAAUCCUAGUUGGUGGUUACGGGACUCGUUUGAGACCUUUGACUUUAAGUAGGCCAAAGCCACUGGUCGAGUUUGCAAACAAACCAAUUCUAUUGCAUCAAAUAGAAGCUUUAGUGGAGGCUGGUGUAACACAGGUCAUUUUAGCUGUGUCAUACAGAGCAGAAGAUAUGGAAAAAGAGUUAACAGAGAAGGUGGCCAAACUAGGUGUGUCCCUAACAUUUUCCCAUGAAGUGGAACCUCUUGGCACAGCGGGGCCUUUAGCCUUGGCAAAACCUCUGUUGAGCAAAAGUUCCGAGCCAUUCUUUGUUCUCAAUUCUGACAUCAUUUGCGACUUUCCAUUCAAAGAACUUUACAAGUUUCACAAAUCACAUGGAAAGGAGGGAACAAUUGUAGUUACAAAGGUAGAGGAGCCAUCAAAAUAUGGAGUUGUUGUAUAUAAAGAGGAUGGACAGAUUGAGAGUUUUGUGGAGAAGCCCCAGGAAUUCAUUUCCAAUAAAAUUAAUGCUGGCAUGUACAUUCUAAGCCCAUCAGUCCUAAACAGAAUAGAGUUGCGCCCCAUGUCAAUAGAGAAGGAAGUGUUUCCAUUCAUGUCGAAAGAUGGGCAGCUGUUGGCUAUGGAGCUGCAAGGCUUCUGGAUGGACGUGGGGCAGCCGAAGGACUUCCUCACCGGAAUGUGCCUUUACCUGAACAGCUUACGUCAAAAGGACUCGAACAAGUUGUACGACGGUCCGGGCGUGGUCGGCAACGUGCUGAUCGACCCGACGGCGACCAUCGGCAAGGGCUGCCGGAUCGGGCCCAACGUCACCAUCGGCCCUGGGGUCGUCAUCGAGGAUGGUGCAUGCAUAAAGCGCAGCACGGUCCUCCGCGGCGCCUGCGUGCGGCAGCACGCGUGGCUCGACAGCUGCAUAAUCGGCUGGCGCUCCGUCGUCGGCCGCUGGGUCCGCAUGGAAAACUGCACCGUACUUGGCGAAGACGUCAUAGUCAAGGACGAGCUUUACGUCAACGGCGGACAAGUGUUGCCACAUAAAAGCAUCGCGUUGUCUGUGCCCGAGCCACAGAUUAUAAUGUAAGGGGCGUGUAUGUAAGAGCUGCGAUUUUUUUUUACAUUCGAUGGGUUGGGCUAGUUACGUACAUCUAUCCAUUGACCAUUCUGCUAUCUUGCUGCUAAGACGGAUCCUGCUUAGAAGAAAAUAUUCUGAAAAAGGAUAGAUGUUAUGACUGUGCUUGCAUGGUGAUUUGGAAAAUACUUUAGAAUCGAGGAAAUCUUGCCUAGACUGGUCUAAAACAUUUAAUUUCUCCAGCUGCUGCAUAUCUGAGGUCCAAAUAUAUGAUAAUUCAUUAAUUUUGUUAAUCUAUUUAUAAUUAUUUCGCAGUUCUUACAUACGUGGAUAAGAGGAUAUUAAUUUAGACUCAAAAUGCGAAUCGAUAUAUUAUAUAAUAUGCUUUUACAAUUAUUUAGACAUACUGUAUUUAUUUUUUCAUUAGAGAUAUAACUUGCACAAUAUGGCAAUAAGGAAGUUGACCGCAAGAGAGAUUUAUAAUUGAUUUAUUUUUAAUUUUAUUGUAAUUUAAUGAAUUGUAGAGAACUCGUUUCUUAAUAAGAUGCAUUGUCAUACUCAUAUAUUUUCAUACACCAUUCAUUUAUUUUGUAUUUAUAAAUAUGAUACUUUUAUUUUGUUUUUAAUAUACCUAUAUCUUGUUCCAAUUUAGCUAUAGAAGUAUACUUAAUUUUAGCUAGCUUUUUAGAUUGCCAAGUAAAUUGAGCUAAUCUUUGAUAAAUGUUAUUUUAAGUACAGGUAGUUAUCUCUUUUAUUUAAGAGCAAUGGCAGUACGUACCAUUUUUAAACAACCCUGUUAUUGUUCAUCUAAUUUUGAUCAUACAUUUUACUCUGCAAUAGCCAAUAAUUAACCAAACUAUGUUACGGAAACAGAUGAAUAAAACCAGCGAUAACUGCUACGGGUUAAUUUUGCGUAUAAUUAAUAUUAAUAUAACGAACUUGAGACAUUCCGUUGUAUAUUUUUUUGCGCUGUUAUUUUGUACUUUAUUCUUAUCAGUUGUAGAAAUGUACAGAUUACGAAAAAGACGGGCCCCUAAGUUUGAUAGCUUAAGUAGAUGGUGCUAUAAUUUGUAGUAUCCGGUUAGCCAUCUUUUGACAACCAGAGUUACCGCAUAAUGUAUGGAGCCGUACAGAGCCAUCUACAUCAGCUGUCAAAUUCAAAGCACGAUUUUUUUACUUUACUAUUUACAUCUCUUCUACAAUUAAUAAAUCUUUUUUCUAAAGUACAAACUAAAUUGAAAAUAGAAUUUUUCUUGUACCUAUACGAUAAUGGCAAUAAACUGCCGUUUUACACCAAAAUUAGAUGUAAUUACUUCUAAGUAAAAUAAGAAAAGUAAAUAAAUAUAUCAUUUGAACAGAAA